AUGGCAUCGAGAAGGGAGAUGGAGAAAAUCAUCUACGAUUUCUACUCUGAUCUCUUCGACAGCCAUGUCCACUUGCCUCCUCACCAUCUGAGGGAAUACGGACAAGUUAUUCCAGAGGUUCUCCCGUCCGAAAUACGACAUGCUAUCAUGUCGGUAAAAAAUCGUACGGCACUCGGUCCCGACAGAAUAAGACCAGAACACCUGAAGAGCCUUCCGCCAGUACUCAUCAACACCCUGGCGAGGCUCUUUACACGUUAUCUGUCGGAAUGCAAGGUUCCUAAACAGUGGAAGACCAGCAAGACCGUGUUGUUGUAUAAAAAGGGAGAUCCACAUGACAUCGGUAACUAUCGUCCAAUCUGCCAACUGUCCGUCAUCUACAAGCUCUUUACAAGAGUGAUCCUUAAUAGGAUUGAAAAAGUCUUGGAUGAAGGACAGCCAUGCGAGCAAGCAGGGUUUCGAAAAGGAUUCAGCACGAUUGACCACAUUCACACCGUUUCGAAACUCAUCGAGGUAUCACGAGAGUACAAGAUACCGCUCUGUCUCACCUUCAUCGACUUAAAGAAGGCCUUCGACUCAGUUGAGACGGAAGCGGUCGUGGAAGCCUUGGACAACCAAGGCGUUCCUACUCAGUACAUAAAGGUACUUCGAGAGUUGUACAGUAACUUCACGACCGGAAUUUCGCCAUUCUACAAGAACAAGAACAUUGACGUGAAGAGGGGGUCCGAUACAGUUUCACCCAAAAUAUUCACAGCCACCCUCGAGAACGCAAUGCGAAAGUUGGAAUGGGACGACAUGGGAGUGAAGGUUGAUGGUCGGCAGCUGCACCAUUUGCGCUUUGCUGAUGACAUCGUACUGAUAACACCUAGCAUCAGCCAAGCGGAACGAAUGCUGACCGAAUUCGACGAAACAUGUGGAUGCAUCGGUCUUCAGCUGAAUCUACAAAAGACGAUGUUCAUGCGGAACGGAUGGGUCUCGAAUGCCCCAUUCAUGCUCAACGGAACAAACAUAUCCGAAUGCACCAGCUACGUCUAUCUGGGUCGGAACUGA